AUGUCUACUCGUCUUGCCUGCGACUUCCAGCCACAACAACCAUUUCCGCAAGUGAGUGACCUACGAAUGCUGCGUUAUCUUGUUCAAGCGUAGCGACUGACACUUUCGCUACCGUUCCUGUGCUGCAGGGUAAGCACACGUUGACAAGAUCAAGAGGGAUGGGCGGAUAAGCGUAUGUGAUUCCUGAGGUGUAAAGGGGAGGCUGCCGACUGAGAGCAGAUGGUCAGAGGCAGCGACCUCUAGAGAGCGAGGACAAUGGGCGGAUCAGCAGGGUGUUCGCUCAGUGGUCUCGUUGUCAACAUCGUCACCUGCUCGUGUGCUGUAUGGUGGAGAUGGUGUCAUUCGGAGGAGGAAGCUGUAGUUGCAGCGCAGAGCAGUCAUACUGACUUUCAGCGAGUGAUGGUCCACAGGAUUGGCAACGUCGGGUCAAGGUUUGGUUCGACCAGCCCGGUGCCAAGAAGACCCGCCGCAACAAGCGUCAAGCGAAGGCUGCUGCACUCGGUCUGCGUCCCGUGAAGUCUCUUCGUCCCGCUGUGCGAUGCCCCACAUUGAAGUACAACACCAAGCUCCGUGAGGGACGUGGUUUCACUGCAGAGGAGAUCAAGGCGGCCGGUCUCGGAAAGCACGCAGCUCGUUCUAUCGGCAUUCCUUACGACCACCGCAGGCGCAACAAGAGCGAGGAAAGCCUCAAGCUCAACGCUGACCGCAUCAAGGCCUACCGUGAACGCGUCGUCUUCAUUCCCAACAGGAACAAGAAGAACAAGGGCAAGGUGAGUGACUGCUACCGAGAGCGAUUCGGAUGGCAGGCUACUAGGUCCACAUGCGGAGCCACGCGCAAGGCGAGGGAAUGGGGAGGGCCUCUAUUCGUCAUCAAUCUGCUGACCGCGUUGCGUUGAAACCCAGAUCCCCAACGUCAAGGAGCUCGCUACCGAGCGCAACGCUUCUGCUGCAUUCCCUGUGCCUGCCGGUAUCGUCCCCGAGGCACCUCGUGCCAUCACAGCCGAGGAGAAGGAGUGCUCGGCUUACCGCACUUUGCGAGACGCCCGCGCCAAGCACCGCAACGAGGGCGCGAGAGUUGCUCGUGUCAAGAAGGCCGAGGAGGAGGCCGCCGCUGCGAAGAAGUAG